GUGCAAAUGGUAGCGAAAAAAAAAGAAAGUUUUCCGAAGAUUACGUUAAGUUUGGAUUUACCUUCUUAGAAAAAGACGAGUUACAAUUGCCUCAGUGUGUGAUAUGUAUGAAAGUUUUAAGUAAUGAGAGCAUGAGGCCCAAUCACCUUGAGAGGCAUUUGAAGCAACAACAUCCUACUCUGGUUUUGAAGACGAAAUAGUUUUUUUGUUCUAAAGCAGAAUCACUCAAGCGGAUGAGACUGGAUGAAUCGGGAAGUUAUCACACAGAAGAGAUUUUGUACUCCCGAUCUUUGACAGCAGGUUCUACAUCUGAAGAUAUAUUUAAUUCAAUAUCAAAUUUUGUUGAAAAAAUUAUCUCGAUUGGAAGAAACUCAUUGGACUUUGCACAGAUGGCGCACCUGUAAUGAUAGGUGUACGAUCGGGC